AUGUCUUACACCAAGCCAGACAUGGUGGAUUGGGAUCAAGUCAAGGGAAGAGACCGGGAGCAGAACGUGAACACUCAAGAGUGCAGUAAAAUUAGGUCAACCUACUUGGACAUGGAUUACCGCAAGAACAAGGAUGCAGAUCAAUGGAUGCGUGGCGGCAAGCCAGUCCAAUUCAAGCUGAUUGAAUCCAGUCUGUUGCAAACCAGGAGUAAUGUUUCUCCUGAAGGCUAUAAUCUCUGCUCCCAAGUCUUAGCUUUCCAUAUCCCGUAUGAGAGGAAAUUGUUCAUGAUCUGUCCUUAG